AUGCCAACCGUCGCAGUAGACAAGGAGGACCUGUGGGAGAGGCUUGGGCAAUCUUUCACUACGGAAGAGUUCGACAAGCUCUGCUUUGACUUUGGUAUCGAACUGGAUGAGGAUACCACAGAGGAGGUCGAGGCCGCGAUCAAGAAGGGCUUGCCUGCUGAGCGACCGCAACUCAAAAUCGAGAUACCCGCAAAUAGAUAUGACUUGCUUUGCAUAGAGGGUAUCUCCCGCGCUUUGCGCGUCUUUCUGGGCAAGGGCGAUGCGCCCUCAUACAAGUUGGCAUACCCACCCGGAGGAGAAAAGGAUCUCAUUGAAGUUCAAUUGACCAAGGAGACUGCCCAAAUUCGACCGUACUUCGCAUCGGCGGUGUUGCGAAACGUCACCUUCACGCAGCGUUCCUACGACUCGUUCAUUGACCUUCAAGACAAGCUGCACCAGAACAUCUGCCGCCGGCGCCAAUUCGUUGCUAUCGGCACACAUGAUCUUGACACCAUCACCGCCCCGUUCCGGUAUGAAGCGCGUCCACCCAAGGAUAUCAAGUUCAAACCGUUGAAUAAGGAUAAGGAGUAUACCGCAGAAGAACUCAUGACUGUAUACGAGUCGGAAAAGCAUCUCGCAAAGUACUUGCCACUCAUCCGCGACUCCCCCGUCUACCCUAUCAUCUACGACACGAAAGACAGCGUCCUAUCCAUGCCCCCGAUUAUCAACUCUGAGCAUAGCAAGAUCACCCUGAAUACCCGCAACAUCUUCAUCGAUAUAACCGCGACGGACCUUACCAAGCUCAACAUCGUCGCAAACAUCAUCUCAACUAUGUUCUCCGAGUACUGCGCCGAGCCCUUCACGAUCGAGCCAGUACGCGUCGUUUACCCCGACGGACGUACUGUGAUUACACCCGACCUCGCAGCGCGUCCAACCAUCGCCCGCGCGUCGUACAUCAACUCUUGCACCGGCUUGACCCUCUCCGGCGCAGACGCCUCUGCGCUGCUCAAGCGCAUGUCGCUGCCGUCAUCGGUGAACCCAUCAAACCCGGACGAGCUUUCCGUAGAUAUUCCCUGUACUCGCCCGGACAUUUUGCACGAGUGCGAUAUCAUGGAGGACGCGGCAAUCGCGUACGGAUUCAACAACUUGCCCGAUACGUUCCCCACGACGAGUACUGUUGCACAGCCACUCGCUGUGAGCAAGUUGAGCGACAUCAUCCGGCAUGAAUGGGCGUAUGCAGGCUGGGUCGAAGUCUUGCCCUUCAUCUUGUGCUCACAUGAGGAGAACUUUGGUUGGUUGAACCAGAAAGACGAUGGAAAGACGGCCGUCAAGAUCGGCAAUCCCAAAACGCUCGAGUUUCAGGUCGUGCGCACGACACUCCUGCCCGGCCUCCUGAAAUCUGUCCGCGAGAACCGAUCGCACGCUCUGCCGCUGCGAAUCUUCGAGACGUCCGACGUCGUCUUGAAGGACCCGAAGCGCGAGCGUCAAGCGCGCAACGUACGCCAUGCGGCCGCAGUCUGGUGUAACAAGACGGCAGGGUUCGAAGUCGUGCAUGGGUUGCUGGACCGCGCGAUGGCGAUGCUUGAAAUCCCGAGGAUAUCGAGCGCGGACAAGGAGGCCGAGACGGGGUACUACAUCAAGGAGAAGCCUGACCCGACGUUUUUCCCCGGCCGCGCCGCGGCUAUCUUCUACCGCGCGCCGACGAAAAAGUCGAGCGUCGGGCUCAAACUCCGCUCGCUGCUCCACGUCGGCGAAGGCGACCUCGAGAUCGGGAAACUCGGUGUAUUGCAUCCCGAGGUUUUGGAGAAGUUCGAGAUCGGUUACCCGUGUAGUGCGCUCGAGUUCUCGCUCGAGCCGUUCAAAAAGCAGAUGCCGGCGUUAUGGACGAACGACGAUCUCUGA